CCCAAACUCAAUCGACAGGCUGCAAAUUCCAUUGGCAUCAUCGGUGAAAAACUCUCUUGUUUGUGAGAUUCUUGCCGAUACAUCACUCCCACCUGCUGCAAUGGAGAUGAAGAAGAUUGCCUGUGCAGUCCUCGUCGCUGCCGCCUCAAUGAGUGCAGUGUUGGCAUAUGAAGGUCACGAGCACUCCCCAGCUCCCGCACCGGGGCCGAGCAGUGGAGCCUCAGCUGGCUUGCCUGUUGUUGGUUCUAUGGUUGGUGCUUCUCUGGUGUCUCUCUUGGCUUACUACUUGCAAUAGAUUUACCAAGAAAUUCAACAGAGUGGGAGCUUCAACUUACAAUUAAUAUUGAUCAGAUUUAUCCUUAAUUUGUCAAUUGCUGGAUUUACUUUUAUAUGUUUUCAUCAUAGAAUUCUUGUACGUGUCUUUUCAUGUCCUAUGUGAACCUGCAUGUGGUACGAAGGAAAUAAAAGAGAUGCAUUUUGGAGCAUCUUAUUAGCUGGAUUUUGUUUCA